AUGCGUGGUGAAAAAAUAGUGGAACGCUGUGUGUGCACUCAGGUAUUGUGGCUACGUCAAUGGCCAUCGGCGACGCCGUCGACGCUGCUCUCCGUCGGCGUCAGCAAGCACACUGCCGACGAUCGCUAUUACGUCGAGCACAUUCGCCACUUGCAGAAUUGGGGGCUCGUCAUUAAGCAUGUGCACGUCGAGGAUGAGGGUGUCUACAAGUGUCAAGUUUCCACGCAUCCACCGACCAUUAUCCUCAUUCAUUUGAAGGUUACCAAAGCCUACGCGGAGAUCUUGGGCGCGCCCGAUUUGCAUCUGCGUGCCGGUUCCACACUGCACUUGGCGUGCCAGAUAAGGCAGUCGACCGAACCGCCCGAGUACGUGUUCUGGUAUCACGAGGACAGGAUGAUCAAUUACGAUGCGGGCGUGCAGGCGCUGACUAAUUCGGCGUCGAACGUCCUAAUCGUCCCGGACGCCGACAAAUCGCACGACGGCAAUUACACUUGCAAGCCGUCGAAUGCCGUGCCGGCGCACAUCAACGUCCACGUGCUGAACGCCACCGAAGAGGAGAAUCCGGCGGCCAUGUUGCAUGCAAAUGGAGCUUCCAUCAUCACAAUGGACCUCUUCAACCACAUCAUUAUUACAAUGAUGAGCAUAUUCAUUGGAAGAGUAUCCAACAGUUGAAUAAUUCACUAUUAUAAUAAAACUUAAAUAAAAAAAUAAAAAAUUAAAUUUUGAAUGGAAAAAAAGUGAUAUGAUGAUAUGAUGGACAUUAGAAAUGUCGGAACGUAAUCAUAAAUUUUAGUAAUUACAAUAUCUAUACAGUAAUCUAUCUCAUUACAUCUCUUUGGAAUCAUUAAUGGCUUAAUGGUAAUAAAAUGAUUGUAUGUAGCAUUAUAAAUACAGAAAGCCAUUUAAAAAUGAUAAAAUUUAAACAAUUUAAUACUUAAACGGAUUUAUAAGGGUUGGAAUCCAUAGUGAAUGAUAAUGAUUUUAUUAUACCAAGGAAAUAAACAUAAUUAUUUUUGUAAAAUAAAAUAUGUACAUAUUUAAACUAUUUUUAUCCUGUUUUGUACUAUGUAUCGUUUGUGAUUUAUUGAAAUAAUUAAAGUGUAAAUUUAUUAUUCAUAAAUAGGCUAACGUUAAUACAGAGAAUUAUAAACAAAGCAUCAUUCAUUUA